GCCGCCUCCCGAAGGAAAAAGAUCGAAACACGGUCGGGUGUGGAGAAGAACGCCAAAGGGCAUCGGUUUAAGCUCAACCGUGACUUGGCAGGCUAUCAUCUGACCUUCCGAGAAGGCGUGGACCAUGAAGUGGCCGAGGCACCUGUGACACUCAAGCUGCAAGUGGCCGAGCCGUUGGGUUACUAUGGCCCAGUACUACAGAUGGAAGGG